AUGGCGAAGGGCACAGUCAUAUGGUUAUCGGUUCUAUUCCUGGGCACAGUACUGGGACAGCCGUGCCCGCAGCCGGAGCCCCAGUUCCCCUGCCCCUGUCCCGCCCCAGAGCCUGUCCCCUGCAACCCCUGUGAUGGAGCAGCUCAACAGAUUGGCCCCUGCAACCCGUGCGAGCCCCCUGUGAACUAUGUGUAUGGUCAGGCACCCGUUGGUUCAAUCCUAAUCAGGCCAGGACAGAUCCGGUUCCCAACACCACCCCCGAUCUUGGUCCGUCCUGGUGAGAUAAGGCUGCCGACACCUCCUGCGAUCUGGGUGAAACCUGCCCCAGUCCAACCUCCUACCCCAUCGCCCAUCACUGUCCGGCCACCACCAGUCCAACCAGCGACUCCUGCUCCCUUCUACGUGAGGGUACCACCAGUGAAUCCUCCGCAACCACCUCCAUUGAUCGUCCGACCUCCACCUGUGUCUGUGCCACGAUCAGCACCAAUGAGGGUACAACCGCCACCAGUCCAGCCACCGGUACCAGAUGCACUGGUAGUCCGACCACCUAAGAUCGUCGUCCCAGCACCCCCCACCAUCUGCUUCAAGCCAAACCCCCCCCAGAACUUCAGGACCUUGGGAUCUGCCACAGUCUGUCGUCUAAGUAACCAGAAUGAUGGUGGAGCAGGUUGUUCCUCCUGCUGUGCUCCACCCUGUGUGCCACAGUGCCCCUCACCGUGCCCUCCCCCGUGUCCCCCGCCGUGCCCCCCGCCGUGCCCGUGCCCGUGCCCUUGCCCCUGUCCUCCACCAUGCCCCCCACCCUGCCCCUGCCCAUGCCCAUGCCCAUGCCCGCCACCCCCCUGCAUAUGCUAG